AUGAACCGUACACUGAUCACAGUUCUCCUACUGAUCUCGAUCCAGUCGAUCCUCGCCGCUGACUUCAUGGAUGUGCUCAAAGGCGACGGCUUCGGCAUGGGCGUCAAGAAGCGCCUCGUGGUGCACCGGAUUGGCCAGUGCCUUGGCCACAAGAAUCUAUCGAUCUACAUGCCCGACUUCCAGAUAGCGCCGUAUAACCGCACCCAUUAUGCCGUCAACGGUGAAGUUAUCUUCCACGAGGACUUUCCAAACGGGUGGACAGCUUCGGCCACCGUCAAAAAGUGCGACAGCUUCAGUGCCUCGGCCAACUGCCGGCCCUUCCUGAGCAACAUCGCCAACACGGACGUUUGCAGCAUGCUGGCCGCCACCGACGCCAUCUAUGGCCGGUACAUGAGCAACAUCUCACCGAAGGCGCAGUGCCCGUUCCGGAAGGGAACCUACGUGGUUAAGGACCAGAUAGUGGAGGACGACACGACGCGGCUCUUGCCGGGUUCCGGAAACACCUACUGGGAGGUCAAGUCAACUGGGAAGGUUGGAGACCGCAUGGUGUUGUGUUUCAUAAUACAGCUCAACUCACGACCCAAGAAGGCCAAGGAAUCUAGUGGGCCGUGA